AUGGACGCCCUACUCUCUCGACUUGGUUACCAAGCCCUCAAUAUGGCUAUGCGCUCAGGUCUUGCCUUGACGUCGACUUAUGCCGUCUCUCAGUGUUCUCGCCUCAUGAAAAAGAUUGACGACAAGACUAUUCGAACUGACCUCAAGAGACUGCAGAGACAACUCAACAGUAAGAUCAAGGUCGUAUCGCCAGCUAUCGAUCUGAUUGAGUUCAAGUCAGGCAGAGGAAACGCCUUCCUUGAAUCUGCCGUGCCUAUUGCCAGAGCCCUGCAUGUCGCCAUUACUUCGCUCAACAAAGAACUUGAUGAAGUUGCCCUCACCAUCGAACAAUCGCCAUGCGCCUCCCCUCCGGAACAGGUGGUUAUCCAGCUUGGCCGAAUAAUUGCAGACAUGAAAGACCUCUUGGCUCGUAUUGACCAUGACAUUCCCCUCCUACACAUGGCUAUUACCGCGUCCGGCGAGAGCCUCACGUCAACUUUAUCACCGGGUGUAUCGCCCUCGAGGUUGCUACAAGCUAGCACUCUACUCAACUUUGGCGACACGCAGUAUGCCUACAACCCCACAAGACCGGUUCAGAUCGGGCCCUGUUUUACGUUCUCACUCUACAUGCUCUUUUUAGGCCAUGCCGACCAGUCUACAAAGCCCCCGACUACUGUGCCCUAUACACCCGAUCUGUCCAGAAACGGGUCGCAAAAGCGAGAACCAUAUGGUAUAGAAGAGGGUGACAGGAAGCCCCUAUGGCAAGAAGUUCUUCACAAGGCCCGGAGCAGCGAACAUAGCAGUGUCAACAACGACUGUAGGCCGAAGCCAACUACAGCCACCAAUGACGACCCCCUUGUCGACAACAGAAUGCUUGAACAGCUUCAAAGUUUGUCAUUGAACGCACCGCAUCUCACUGCAUGCGAGCCUACUGCACAGACAUCUGCGCCACGUGCACGGAGUUUUGCGGCACGUUCCCCCUUCGGUGCCAUUGCAACAUCCAUCUCGCUCAUGGAGAUGCUCAUCCGAUUGGCGAGCUUGCAAGAGUUCCAGCAGGCUUCGCAUCUCUCCAUUGACGACCACGUCUUAGCCUUUUUUCUGGAGGAAACAUCAACAACGGGACUUGAUCGCGAGCAUCGGUGGAAGGCACGAAAUAAAGCGCGGAGGCACAUUGGCUUUGAUCCCUACACUGACACCCCUACGAAGUUAUGA